CCGGUGUAAGACGAAGUUAUGUCCUCAACAGCCAUUUGUCCUACUUGGAUGAUCCACUUCGUACGUGGUGUUGCUCUAAAGAAAACACAACAGAAAAGUCAAAUUAAUCAGGACAGUUAUAUUAAUACGAUGAACCAAUUCUUGUUGAUCUUGCUAGGAUGAAAUGUUCCGUUUUAGACGACUUCAUUACUGACAACAUGUAAAGAAAUGUAGAAUGUUGGUUCCCAAAGCUUGAGACAAGCGGAAUCAUCCGUUCUGUAAUGGAAUUUCAACGAAUAUAAAAGAAACACUGUUUCAGCCCAGAGCUUCUUUCGUUUUGUCAUGCGACUUGUUGUUGGACACGUGCGAGUCCAAAGAGUGAUUUGACGGACGGAUAAUUCGUUGUUAUCAUUUAUGUUGUUAUUGUUGUUCCAUUUGUUAUAAUUUUGGGAGGUUGAGUAGGUUUGGCUCUGACCCUGGAAACAUUGUAAUUUCCUGGUUCCAAAUGAGUCGGGUUUAUAACAGCGAAAAGAAAUACGAGGACAAGAGUUGUAAUUGACUGCCACACUUGAUUUAAACGCCUAAACAAAAGUACAGCAAAAGAUGGUUCAUCUUGAAUGAUUCUGUCAGAGAAUAUGUUGGUUUCUCAGGCAGUUGGAACUUGGUGAAGUGUACUUGACGGAAGAGAACAGCUCUUGGCCAGAUCUCUGCUGAAGAACUCUUCCUCUCUCCAUACCGAGAUCGAAUUCGACCCUGCCUUGCCACACAGCUCUUGGCCCGCGUUAAGCCAGAAAGAUUCGACCAUCACGGCCGAAUGAUAAACAUACUUCUUCUGCCACAUAAUUAAGGGGAAACUUGUAUUGACCAUGAGUAUCUGUAAAUGGGACGUUUGUUGGUCCAACAGCAACCAUGAUAAUUUCAUCAUGUGCGGGACUUCAGUCACCCAGUAUCGGGUGGAAAACAAGGCCAACUUGGCACAGAAUCAAAUGGCAAAAGCUGUUUCCUUAUCAGGCAACACCUGUGCCAUUCCUCUCUACACCUGCCUCCCUUCGGAUGUACAGUUUAUGAAGUGUGUGGCACUCUACCCAAGGUCAGAAUAUCCAAACCUCUUAGCUAUCGGACAAGUCAUUGGCAAAAUUCUUCUGACCAAUCUUGGAGAUGUGCGGAACUGUGAUUUGGCAGGCAAAGAAUUUGCUCAGAGACACACAAGACAGUGUAAUUAUUUGGCAUGGAACCCAAUUGAAUCAAAUUUGCUGGCGGCUGGACUUGAGAAAAACCGACACGAUGGUUGCAUUGCGAUCUGGGACGUGAACAGCAAGUCUGUAGAAUCGGCAAUGCCUCUUGAAAGAAAACAUUAUGCUCCUAAUGAAGUGACGAAACCAUAUUUAGAUAUUGGAAUAUCGGAAUUUAGUACUUCAUUUUGCUGGCAGCCAAGAGAAUCGAAGACAUUUGUAGCUGGAGUGAAUAAAUGCCUGCGUGUUUAUGAUAUUCGAGAAUCUACGAAACCCCAGUUGUCCACAAACACCAAAGCUCUUUAUGGCAUAUCUAUUGAUCCUUUGUUCCCAAACAGAGUGGUUUCCUUUACAGAGAAUCAAGUAUUUAUCUGGAAUCUUAGAAACCUAGAUGAUCCUGAAUUUACAAUCUCUGAAUUAAAACCUGUACAGAAAGUCAGUUGGUGCCCCACACGGGUUGGUUUCCUCAGUAUUCUGUGUAAAGAUAGCUCAACAAUUCAACACUGUGAUAUUAUCCACACUUCUGAUGGCCCAGAUGAUCUUGAGCCAGCUUACAUUCAAAGAUAUACACCCUGUGAUAAGUCAACAUGCCUUUCCUCCUUUGCGUGGCAUCUCUCUGAAGACAAUCGCUUCCUCACCAUUCGACCCAAUGGAAUAAUGACCGAUGAGAAGAUUUGUAACCAAAUUGCUCUGGAUUGGUCGAAUGAAUUUAAUUUAACAGAAGUUUCUGGGAAGAAGAAAGAAGACAUUCACCUUUGCAAAGAACUCCUCAAAGAAGACAUUGGCAUGAUUAUGAAGAAUCGAGCCAUGCUUGAAUAUGGAAUGGAGAUUGAUAAACCGUGGAAAAGUGCUGAAAUAGUACAAGAUGACAAAGUGCUUUCACGGCUGUGGACGUGGAUGGCAAUGUGUAAAGAUAGAAUUAGAGAUAAGAUGAGAAAAACUGAGCAGAAUUGCUAUUAUGGAGUUGAGAGUGUUCUGUUAAACUUGAAGAGUAAAGAAACACGAGAAAAAUGGCAGGGACUUGAAGAUAACGAAACAUGUGCCAAAUAUGUUUAUCGCAGCGAGGAGAGGUACCAUGUUCUGCAGAUGUGUGGCUGGGACAAUCUACAAAAUCCAACUGGAAUAAGUGAGUUCAGGAAAAGACUCCAGAAACAAGGGGAAUACGAGAGAGCAGCGGCCAUAGCUUUAUUUAACCUCCACAUAACAUUAGCUUUGGCUAUUCUCAACGAUGAACGAUCCCCUUCUUCAGAUGAAGAAUCUGACCGCAGUUUGGCGUUGGUGGGCAUGGCACUGGCUGGUUUUACAGAGAACAAAGAUGCCCUCUGGCAGAAAAUGUGCCGCAAUUUCAGACGACAGUUAACAAAUCCUUACCUAAGAGCUAUGUUUUGGUUCCUUUCCUCAUCAGAAACUGAUAACUACAAAGAAAUAUUGUUUGAAGAAGGAAUGGCUGUUGGGGACCGGGUGGCAUUUGCCUGCACUUUUCUUCCAGAUGAUUCUUUGAUAGAAUACAUCCAGUCUUUAUCCAAUCAGUUGGUGCUGGCUGGAAAUUUGGACGGCAUCUUGCUCACUGGUCUGUCUGAGAAAGGUGUACAGUUGUUACAGAAGUAUGUUGAUGUUUCUAGUGAUAUGCAAACGGCCUGUUUCAUUGCAAUAUCUACAUUUCCCAGCUGGUUAUCAACGGACAGUAGGGCUGACUCUUGGAUACAUGGCUACAGAAACCUUCUGAACCAAUGGAAGUUAUGGCAUCAAAGAGCCUUGUUUGAUAUCCUGUGGCAGGGCUGCGACUCACAGAAUCAUGAACACUCAGAAGUAUUUGUCAGCUGCAACUCUUGUCGAAAGUCGGUCUCGCGAAAUGCACAGCCAUUGGUGAAAAACAAACAACAGAACUGGAGUCGGUCGAGCAACACGGCAAAACAUGUUAAGGUUUCUUGCUGUCCACACUGUCGUAAUCCUCUACCCCGGUGUGCUUUGUGUCUGAAGAAUUUAGGGACUGCUUCAGGGGCCCUGUCUAUAGAAGGAUCUCCAGAUUCAAAAACUUCUUCCUUUAAGAAUUGGUUUACUUGGUGCCAGUCUUGUCGACACGGAGGUCAUUCAGGUCAUAUUACAGAUUGGUUCAAAGAUCACCUGGAAUGCCCUGUAGCUGGUUGUUCCUGUAAAUGUAUGGCUUUAGACUGAAUAAUUACUGUUGGAUUACAAGAAAUUUUAUUUUUCAAAACCAAAAUAAAUAGUAAAAACAACAAUAAAUAA